AUGAGUUAUACAUCCAUAACAAUUCCUAAUAGAUUCAAUACAACUGCACAAACUAAUAGUUCAAAUGCCUUUGGUAGCGGAAAUCAAGGUAUCCAGUUGACUACCAGAAUAGUGAUGUCAUUGAAAUCCCAAAUUCCAAGUGAAGUAGAUUGGGCAUUAAUGGCUAUCUCAACACAAUCAUGUCACAAACCAGAAACCAUCAAAUUCGAAACCGAAGAAUACUUGGCUAAUGAACUAGUAAGGUAUUCAUUCAUACCUUACCAUUUGAUUCAUGGAGGUAAAUAUGGUGAGUUAAAUUCAGAGUUGUUCAUUUCAAGUUGUAAUUCUUUGUUGAGUAUCAAGAACUUGAUUCAAGAUUUAGACAAUCAACAAUUUAUCUCCCAAAUUGAAGUUUUGAAGAAAGAUUUAACUAUGUCGUUGAAAUUUUUAUCCGAAUAUCUUUAUUCUACCAAAUACGAAAAUGUUUACAAAUUGAAUGAAUUCAAAAAUGAAUUGAACGAAUCUUUCAUUUAUUUGAUAGAUAUUUUGAGUAUCUUAACCUGUUAUUAUGUUGACAAUCAUAAACAUGAUCAGUUGUUUGAAAUCUUAUUAAAAUUAUCAUUGACUAUCAACGAUAAAUACUUGAUCAUCAACAUCAUAAGUUGUUUGACUCAUUUAUUAUAUAUCAAAGACGAUUCUGAAGAAGACAGUAAGAGAAAAGACAAAGAAAGUACACCAAUAAUUAAGACCAGUAACAAUUGUAUUAAUGCUAUCACAGAUGAGAUUUUAAUAAAAUUUUCUAAUUAUUUAUUGAUCAAUGAUUAUCAAUUGAACGAAGUAGUUUUGUUAUUUUUCAAAGAAUUCUUAUUAUCCAAAUCUUUACAUGCUAAUACUAAAUCAGUCAAAGACUCACAAUUUUUGAGAUUCAAGGAACUCAUUAAUUUGAAGGAUAUUAAACAUAAUUUAUUCAAGAAGUUACCAAUUUUGAUUUUGGAGAGUUUACCUUUGAAUAACUCAACGAAACCAAUAAUCCAAAGUAGUUUGAUACCAAGAUCAAGUAAUUUGAAUGUUCCUGUAGAGGCCAAUUUAUUACCUUUAAACUUAUAUAAUGUUAUUGCCAAAUUCCCUGAACCUUUAAGAGCCACCACUUGGUUAAGAUGUUGUUACAAACCUUUCAUAAAUCAUGAAUUAAGCGAUAACGGUAUUGACCCAAUCAAUGAAGGAAAAAUUCAACCAGGUGAAGUUACUCAGUUAUCCUUAUGGAAAGCUUAUGAAAAACAGUUUUCUAGAACCUACAACAAAGAUAUUGUUAAUCAACCUUUAAUGCCAGCUGUUGAUUUCAUUAAAAAUGUUACCAGUGGAGCUUUUCCUCAAGCUACUGCCAUGGUUGUUGUUUUAGAUGAAACAACCCAAAAGAAAAAGUUUAUUAUAAGAGGUAUCCAACCAAGACAAUUUACUGUUGAUAUCGAUACUGCUAAUUAUGAUGCUUUAAUCAAGAAACCUGAAGAAAGUUUGAAAACAGACGAAACUUUACCUCUCGGUGCUAUGGAUGUUGAAGAUUUCGAUAAACAAUUGACCGAUUAUUCUCAAGGUUUGGUUUCGACCAAUGUUUUCAUCAAUAACUUAUCUGAUUUAAACUUAUUAUCCAAAGAUUUAUUGGAUUAUAUCAUAAACGAACUGAUGAAAUUGGAUAACUUCCAAGAUUUAAUCAAUAUUUUCAGAUUAUAUAACAAGUCUUGGUUGCCAGAGAUAGUCUAUAAAAAUCCAAAUCUUUUGGAGUCAGAAAUAAUCGAUAAUAACUGGUUAAAAUAUUUAAUCUAA